AUGGCAACCAACAGUGAAGUUGAUUGGGAAGUUCCCGGUUUUUUCCGAGUAUACAAAGAUGGUCACAUAGAGAGGUUCGUAGGUACACACUUCGUUCAGCCAACUUAUGAUUCUAUUUAUCAAGUUUCAUCCAAAGAUAUAACCAUCAAUAAAGAAACCAAUGUUUCAGCUCGUCUUUAUCUACCAAAACAAGUAGAAAACCAGCCAGAAAAGAAGUUCCCAGUUCUUGUUUAUUAUCAUGGUGGUGGCUUCUGCAUAGAAAGUGCUUUCUCUUCACUGUACCACAACUAUCUCAACUCACUCUCAUCCAAAGCCAACAUUAUCAUAGUCUCAGUAGAGUAUAGAUUAGCACCAGAGCAUCCUCUUCCAACUGGAUAUGAAGAUUCAUGGCAGGUACUUCAAUGGGUGGUCUCAGAGACUAAUGAUGAUGCAUGGUUGCAAAACCAUGCAGACUUUGGACGUGUGUUUGUGAGUGGAGAUAGUGCAGGAGGGAACAUAGCUCAUAACAUGGUGAUGAAGAUUAAUAAUGGGUUCAGUGAAGGGAUGAAGGUGAUCAAAGGGAUGAUUUUGGUGCACCCUUAUUUUUGGGGUGUUGAGAGGUUGGAGUGUGAGGUUGCAAAUGCUGAAAAUGAAUCCUCAAAAGUAUUGACUGUAAAUCAACUGGAUAAGAUGUGGCCAUUUGUGUGUCCUGGGACAAGUGGGCAUGAUGAUGAUAGGAUUAACCCUUUUGUGGAGGGUGCCCCUUCACUUGCAGGGUUGGGUUGUGAGAAGGUUAUGGUUUGUGUGGCUGCUAAAGACUUGUUGAGUGGAAGGGGUAAGAUUUAUUAUGAGAAACUGAAGAGUAGUGGAUGGAAAGGAAUGGUUGAGUUUUUAGAAUCUCAUGGAGAAGGCCAUUGUUUUCAUCUCCUUAAUCCUGGUUGUGAUAAAGCUUUGGAGAUGAUGAAGUGUUUGGUUGAUUUCUUUAACUAAUGCUGCAUCAUGCAUGCACAUGUGGAAAUAAAUGCUUUUUGCAUUAUAUAUGUCAGUAUUUUAUUAAAAUGAAUUUGUCAUUAAUUUGUUUGGUUUUAGUCAAAUGGAAAAUUAUAUAGACAUGGGUUGAUAUUGGACAGUUCGGUACGUACCGGACAGUAGAUAGAUAUUAUUUGCUUUGUGAAAAUUAAAUUA